GUUCAUCUUCGUUCAGUAAUCUAUCGAAAUUUAUGUCGAAAUAAGUUAUUCACUUGAGUUUGUUUCUCGAAAGCGACGAGAAGUAAUGGGCAUCUGCUGGAGCUGGGUGCGCGAGCUCGUCUACCACUUCGUGGACGCCCACUUGGUGGUUCUGAUGUGGGCGGUGAGUGGCGCCGUCGUAAUGCUCUACAACUUGCAUUCGACCUUCUGCCUGAUCGAGCGCCUCAGGAAGUGCGCGCUCCUGGAUGGGCAGGAGGACAUGGACUCGGACGAGUAUAACGAUGAUGAUGCGGCUGAGCCGAGGCCUGCGUUGGACUACGGGGCACAGAACGGGCCGCACGCUUGGGCAACGGCCCUGAACAACCAGAGUCCCAUCAACAUCGACACGCGGGAUGCUGAGCAUGUCUGCAUGGGCUUGUCCCUGAUGUGGAUGGGCUACGAUGAGCUGCCCGUGGGCAUACGGCUGGAGAACAACGGACACACCCUGCUGCUGCGGGCCUGCUUUACGGGCGAGACUCCGUUCGUCGAUGGGGCCGAUCUGCUGUGCUCGUUCAUGUUCCACGAGAUCAGCUUCCGGUGGAGCUGGCACGAGAACUCCACCGGAUCGGAGCACUCGAUAAACAACGAGCACUUCCCCCUGGAGAUGCAGUGCCUCCAUACGAGCUGCAACGAGGGCGACCAGGUCUCCAGUCGCAGGUUGCUCGUGAUCUCCUACAUGUUCGACAUAGCCGCAGACAAUCCCUUUCUCGAUGUGAUUGUCCAGUACCUGGUCGCCGUGCAGCGCGCCGGACAAAGCGUGGAGAUACCGCCGUUCCCCCUGAACUAUCUGAUGCCGCCGUUCUACACGGACUUCUACAGCUACCACGGCUCGCUCACUGAGCCGCCCUGCCAUCGCGGCGCCGAGUGGUUCAUCAAUCCGCUGCCCCUGGCCAUCAGCGAGCGGCAGCUGCACGAGUUCCGCAAGCUGCGCAGCCGCAGCGGCUCCCGCAUCAGCAGGAAUGCACGUCCCGUGCAGGAGCUGGGCGAUCGCACGGUCUCGUUCAACUCCUACAAUCCAUUCGAUGAGUAGGGCCGACGGGGAGUGUGCCGUACUUGAGGGAAUGAAACCCGAAUGUGUAAAAUGCUCGAUAUGUGUAUAUAUAUGUAUUUAAAUAUAGCUAAUGUGAGGCGCAAAAUUUAGUUAA